ACACAGAAGCACCUGUCAGCUGUAUGCCAUGCAUUUCUACAGCACAUCUCAGCAUGGGUUUCAUUCAGCAGCAAGUGCUAAACUGAGUUUCGUGAAGAGCUCGAAAAGGUUCUGAAGCUUAUCUCAACGUUGAUGAGGUUCAAACUAAAAUCUUACAGGAACUAACCAGUCCAUUAAGUUAAGAGCAGCAUUCAGAGAGCAUGUCUCUGGACGUAAAGGAAAAGAAAGAGGUACGGCUGGUGUUCAUGGGAGCUGCCGGCGUGGGAAAAACAGCUCUAAUCCAGCGCUUUUUGCAGGAUCGGUUCGAACCGAAGCACCGGCGCACGGUGGAGGAGCUCCACAGCAUGGAGUACGAGGUGGCUGGCAUCAAGGUGACUGUGCACAUCAUGGAUACGAGCGGCAGCUACUCGUUCCCAGCUAUGCGCAAGCUUUCCAUUCAGAAUGGCGAUGUCUUCGCCUUGGUGUACUCCGUGGAUGACCCCGAGUCACUGGAAGCCGUCAAGAGUCUGCACAAGGAGAUCCUGGAGAUCAAGGAGGACAAGUUCACACCAGUGGUGGUGGUGGGGAACAAAACAGACUGUAAGGGCGACAGAAGGGUAAAUGCCGAAGAUGUCAUUGCCACCAUGGAGCUGGAUUGGAACAACUGCUUCUUGGAAGCCUCGGCGAAAGAGAACGACAACGUGCUGGAGGUGUUCAGAGAGCUGCUGCAGCAGGCCAACGUGCCAAACCGCCUGAGCCCUGCACUGAGGCGUCGCCGAGAGACCUUCCCCAAGAACGCAGGAGCACGGCCACCCAUGAACAAGACCAACAGCUGCACCAUGUCCUAAAGUUCACAGGAAAGUCCUCUCCAUGUUUUAACCCUUUCAAACACAGCAUCAUCGUGAUCAUCUCAGUACUGACAUUGGACAAGAUGGAAAGUGCUGAUAAAAAGGGAGGUGAAGAAAAGAAACCUCAAGCCUCAUAUUAUGAGGGAAAACCAGGAACUGCUGAUUGUUUGGAAAGAAUAUGGCAAAUCUUUUCAGCCAUAAGUUGCACUGAACUCUGAUGAGCGCUCACUGUCAAGUGUUAAUCUGAUGCAAGUAGACUCUGGUGGACAAGCCUGUAAAAAAAUAGUCUAAUAACUAGAUCCAGCUUGUGUGGACUGUAGUGUGAACAUAAAAUCCAUUCAAAUCCAUUUUGUUUUGAAGGUUGCUUGUAUAAAAUGUGCGUUGUUUUAGAGGAUAUUAUUGUAACACUGUACUGAGCCUUGGUUCUUGUAAAAAAAAAAAAAAAAAAUCCAUGAAUGUAAUGAAACUCAUGUAGUUUUGAUAUUCUAGAGUUAAUUAUGUUACACAUUUUUUUAUGUUUUGUUACAGUACAAAUAAAUAUUUACAUGAUCAGA